AUGUUCAAGCCUACGUCUCCUCUCUUUUCGGGUCUCCUCUGGAAAAUCCCAUGGCGCAUCUCCCGCCACCAGAAAGCCCGCCAAAGGAAGCGUCUCCGCGCUGUUGACCGCGUCGUCGAUACCGUCAGCGCCGCCCUCCAGCGGAACGGACAGAGCACCAAGGCCAUCGAUCGGUGGUACCAGGAGAUGCCUCGUGAGGAGGAAAUGCUGUCCAAGGACAAGUAUACUAUUUUUGAUAAGAAAGAGAAGAAUUAUCGGAAGGGGAUUCAUAAACUCCCCAAGUGGACACGAGUCAGCCAGCGAGUGAAUCCCCCGGGUUUCUAA